ACCCGUCCGCCCGGGGAUCCCGGGAACACGCAUCAAGCCGAGGCCGAAAAAAACUGGUAAGGCGACGCCUUGCGACAACUACCGUCGAUUAGCUGCACCCCUUGCGCGGAGAUGCGCACUCCCGCAACGCUAGAUGUCUCCAGAGUCACCCGCGGGUAUGAUUUUUUUUACAGCAGCUCCGCGCGUAAAACCGUAGAAGAAGAGUAACCAGGAAGCGUCGCACUUCGACGUGAGCUAUUACCGCUGUUUUCCCAGGAGACGUCGGUGGAGCCGCCGGCAUCAAACAGUCGCUGAAACAGGAACGGAGGCAUUGCGGCGGCGCCGCCAGUCCCCGAGCAGCAGCGAGACCCUCGUCUGUGGCGUCCAUUUAGGAUGGAGAGGCUGGUCAGCUGUUUCAAGCGGAGGCCGGACGCGGCGGCCAGGCUGAUCUGCUUCCCCUGGGCAGGCGGAGGGUCCGUACACUACGCACGCUGGGGAAACCUCCUCAGCGGCGCCAUCGAAGUGUUUGCCGUCAGACUCCCAGGCAGAGAGAGCCGAGCCAAAGAGCCGUUCCUACAGAACAUGCAGCAGAUCGUGGACGAGGUCCUUGGUGUGCUGUUGCCGGUGCUGAGAGAGAAGCCGUUUGCUCUCUUUGGCCACAGUUUUGGUGCCUUCACGAGUUUCGCCGUGGCGGAGGCCCUGAAGAAACUCCACAACCUGGAACCGGUUCACGUCUUCCUGUCUGGUGCCUCUGCGCCUUAUUCAGAGAUGCGCAUCGAAGCCCCGAAGAGGAGCGAGUUAUCGGACGACGACUUUCUCAGGUGGCUGGUCGUCCUGGGGCUCUUCCUUCCUGCCCUGAAGGCCGACCUGCGCAUUGUGGAGAACUACAGGUGUAACAAGCCAGACGACCCAUUGCUGUCCUGCCCGGUCACAUGUUUUGACGGAAGAGACGACAUUCCUCAUGACCUACAAGCCUGGAAGGACGCCACGUCGGGAGAUUUCACCAUCAGGAUGUUCGAAGGGUCUCAUUUUUACCUGAAGGAUUCCGGGAAUGAGAAGGUUAUAUUGGACUAUGUCACAAAGCAUCUGGAAACCUCCGGAAUGGACUAUUUAUAAUGAAAUGUUUACAAUUACUGACUUUUUUUUUUUUUUUAAUUUUCCCUAAUUCGUUGCCAUCGAAUUUAAUUCCUUACAUCUCAGCAGUGUAACAUUUUGUGUCUAAACUGUGUCGGCGCCGCUUCUUAUGAAUUGAAUUAAAUUGAUGCAGCUCCUGAA